AUGGGCAGAACAGUCAAUACUGCGAGGCGAGCGCCUCAUAGUGCUAUUAUACUCUACGGACGAUCUAGAGCUUCAAUUGACUCUACAGCAAAUAAAACUACCCAGACGGCAUCCGAUCUACCAUCCGAUAACCGUUCACAAACCCAGUCGUCUUCCAAUGAAAAGAAGGAGUCGUUGGAAAAGAGGACAAUCACGAACAAGACUUAUUUCAAACCAACUUAUGUCCAAGAAAAGGCUACCGCACAAACUGUGGCAAGUAUGGCUGUGGAUGUUUUAAGCCUAUUUGAGCAGGUACCGUACGUGAGCGUUAUAACUGGUCUUAUCGAGCAGAUUAUCAAGAUAUCUGAUGAAAUUGAAUCCAACAAAGAUAGAAGCAAACAGCUUAUAGCAAAAGUGAUGAUCUAUGCCAAAGUCGUAUUCGAUGCGCUGUUGGGACUAGAUGAACAGACCGCCAUUGGACUCAAGCACGAUCUGGAAGAUCUUGCAGCAGUCCUUGAAUCUAUCCACGGCGUCCUUCAAGAAAUGACAGGCCCGAACCAAGCAUCGCUUAUUAGUCGCCUGGUGUAUCGGAAUGAAAUAGCAUCCAUGUUGGCCGAGCAAGACCGAAAUUUAGAUACUACAAUUACUGCGUUUCAACUUAAAUGUGCCAUCAUCAAUCGUUCUGGAAAAGAGAGGGUUGAAUCCAAGAUCAAAGAAAUACCAACUCUAUCUCCCGCCGCGAGUGCAAGUCUAACUCUGGGAUUGCGAUCAAAACCUCAAAUUUUCUACGGUCGGACAAAAGAGAUCGAUUUGAUCAUUACCUCGCUUCAGGGCAGUGCAGAUGUAUCGCAAGCCACCGUUUCUCCCCCUAAGCUAUGCAUUCUGGGACCAGGCGGGAUUGGGAAGACAACGCUAGCGCUCUCUGUUGUUCACCACGAACUGGUGGUACGGCAGUAUCAAGAAAAGCGAUACUUUGUGAGCUGUGAAGCCGCCUCCUCUGUCGAACUAUUGCUAAACCAACUUGCGAGCUCCCUGCGGCUUGCAGUGGAGGAACUCAAAGUCAGCCUGCUAGAAGCGAUACUUGCUCAUCUCAGGAAAACGGACUGCUUGCUUGUCAUUGAUAACUUUGAGACUGCAUGGGAUCCCUUACACACCCGUUCUCAAGUAGAGGGUGUCCUCAGCGACAUAUCUGCUCUCCCGACGGUCACCCUUCUAGUAACGAUGCGAGGCUCUCAACAACCUGCUGGUACGCGAUGGACCAACGUUAUUCCCCCUCUUCUGCCCGUCGAUCUCGAAUCAGCUAUUUCCAUCUUCACAGAUAUCUCCCAUAAGAAUGACAAAUAUGCCGUUGAUCUUGUUCGUGCAGUUGAUUGUGUCCCAUUGGCCGUCACUCUUCUUGCGAAUUUGGCUGCCGUUGACGGAGAGACAACGGAAGCAUUGUGGGCUCGCUGGGAGGCAGAACGGACUUCGAUGGUAGAAAAUGGUCAGGACAGGUUAAGCAGCUUGGAGGCAUCGAUUCGGCUCUCUUUGAAUGGCCCGCGUAUGCAAAAGGAUCCCAGUGCUUCUCACUUACUCAGCACGCUUUCACUUCUGCCAGAUGGUGUAUCUCCGGCCACCCUUCUUGCAUGCGAGAAUAAUUUACCAGAGGUUCAGUCGGUCAAAAAAGCCAUAUCUACGCUUCGCCAGAAUGCUCUCAUCUACGAGGAUGCAAAUAAAGACCUACGGAUCUUAAGCCCCAUCCGACUCUUGAUGUGCGCACGGCACCCGCCGUCGAACAAGUGUCGGUCUUUCAUCCACGAGCAUUUUAUUAAUCUGGCACUGAAGGGAACCCAAUAUCAAGACCCACCUACUCGAUCUCAGCUGCAACGCGAAGUGAACAACAUCAGCGCAGUCUUGAUGUACAUGCUGAAUGACUCGAAAGAGAACUUGUUUCGCGUUGUGGAGGCUGUGAUCAACUUUUGCCAUUUCACUUAUGUUGCCGGGUACGGAACGACGCAAUAUCUCUCUCUCGCCAUUGAGAAAUUGGAGAAUGUCAAGCCAGCGACAAUAUCGGCCGAGCCAGCUGUUUUAGCAGCACCAAAACCCAAGAAAGUGUGGCAGCGAUCAUUCGUCGGUUUUGGCCAAUCCAAAGUCGCGAAACCCAUUCCAUCCGUCAUAUCUAAGGACACAGGGGCAUCCGUUGUGCAAAUAGCCACUGCGCUGCAACUCCGUGCCGAUUGCCUGGGCUGUUUUGGCCAAAUCCUUAAUCGUCAGUCUCAGUUUGAUCAGGCUCGAGAAAAAUUUGAGCUAGCGAAGGAAUUGCACAUUCAAUCCGGAGACCAAAGUGCACAUGCGUACGACCUGCUCAAUAUCGGCCUCAUAUAUUCGCGGAAUUUUGACACUCUUCCACAAGCUUUGGACACUGUCAAAGAAGCUCUCAACCUCCACAAUAACCUAGGAGAUGCUACUGGAAAGGCAUACGAUUUAUUAGGUUUAGGUCACGUCUACCAAGAUCUUUGCCAAUUCGAAGAAGCAGAGGACCAAUUUGAACUUGCAGCCCAGAUCUUCAAGGAAUUGGAUGAUCUCCAUGGUCAAGCGGCCGCAAUGAACGGGCUGGGAGCGACACUCGUGUCGGUAUCUGCUUUUGAACCCGCGGCCAAGUACUUCAAAAACGCAAUCAAUCUGUGCCAGAACUUAGGAGAUAUCGUUGGGGAGGCAGAAAAUCUUGGGGGACUUGCAACUACGUUACUCCUUCGAUCUCGCUUUCCAGAAGCCCUCGAGACCAUUGAGCGAGCUUUAGCACUCCGGCAACCGUUCGAAGACCCAGAGCAUCUCCACAUUCUAGGCAGAAUUUUCAUUGCAAUGGAUAGAUAUAAAGAAGCCAAAGCUGCGCUCGAACGCUCUCUUUCUAUCCAAAAGGAUAUUGGAAACACCCGUGGACAGGCCGCCAACCUGCUCUAUCUUGGUUAUAUUGAAUUUGACCAGGGGAGUUGCUCGGACGCACAGGCCCUUGCAGAACAGGCUUUGGCUAUACCCAACAACAGCCUCGUAGAAGCUGACAUCAACAUCCUCCUCGCUAUCACCAACAUCCGACUCUUGAAUUUUUCAGAGGCAAAGGAGAUCCUUGAUGCGUCAGCAGAGGAGUUUACCGAUGCAGGACACACACUCGGUGAGGCGUAUUGUUUGUACACUCAAGGUUUACUAUUCCUUCGCCGAGGUCAAUUUGGAAACGCAGUUGUCGCCUUGGGUGACGCAAUCACUCUUCAUCAAAGAGUAGGGAAUGUCCAGGGCCACGCCGACGACUUGAACAAGAUAUGCGAGGCAUUGCUGUCUAGGGGAAAUAUUGAAGAUGCCAUGACGCUGAGCGCGGAGGCUCUAGCUCUUCAUAUCCAGAUCGGCGACAGACGAGGGCAAGGGGAUGAUUUGCUCAUCCAGGCAUCCCUCUUUCUUGCGCAAGGACGACUUACGGAUGCUGAAAAAUUCGUACGUCAUGCUCUGGAGCUACACAGCGCAGCGGAGUCAAUAUACGGUAUGGCCAAAGACAAUGCUCUCCUUGGUUAUAUCCUCUGGCAACGGAUGCAUGGAACCGAACGCGCUGUACAACAUAUGCAAACGGCAAUGUCCCUUUUUCAACGGCUGGGAGCAGUUGGUGAGAUUACCGAGUGCAAGAAUCAGAUUCUGCAUAUGAAGCAAGAUAUAGCCCUAGAGAAAAUUGAAGUAUCUGCCUGGGUCCCUUUGGAGACAGAUGCUUCCGUUGACUACGACUCGGACGACUCGGGUUAUUAUGAUUUCGACGAUGACGAUGAUGACAAUGAGGGAGAUGGCAAAUCCAAUCCUGCAUGGGUCCCUUUAUUUCCUGUUUAUGUACACUGA